CGGAGGGUGUGAUUGGCGGGGCCCUGGUCAUGGCGGCCGUAGCUCAAGCGGCGGCGGGAAAGCCGCUGUGCGGACUGACGGAUUCGCCCGCCAGUCUUUGGGUCCCGCCCAGUGUUUUGAACUGUGUUCAAGUUUCGUUCCGCCCCUCGACCUGGAGCUGCGGCCGGGGCCCAGUGGACCAGAGCCGCAGGGAUGGAGAGCCCAGACCUUGGGGACAGCUUAGCCCCCUCCAUCACCCUCAGAGAGAGCCUAGUUCCAGACCCGCCUGGGGACCUCUGUAUACAAUAAGCCGCGGGUUCGAUCGGCAGCACCGAAUAGCCGGGCUUGGUGGCGCAGGCCUGUGGAGGCAGGAGGAUCAGAAGUUGAAGAUGAGUCUCUGCCAGGAAGAUGCUGCCAUUGGGCUGGGAAGAGUGGAAGAUGGGAAGGGACUGGUGCUCGGCAGUGGGUGUAGCUCCCGUCUCCGCGAGCCUGCUGCUUCUGCUCAGUGUGGAGGCACUACAGGGGCAGAAUGCCGGGGGCCCGUCCCGUGUGGAUGGAAGAGGGUUGUGAAGCAAAGGCUGUCUGGGAAAACUGCAGGAAGAUACGAUGUCUACUUCAUCAGCCCACAAGGACUGAAGUUCAGAUCGAAGCGUUCACUUGCUAAUUAUCUUCUCAAAAAUGGAGAGACUUUUCUUAAGCCUGAAGAUUUUGACUUUACUGUACCCUCUAAAGGGGGCAUCAGGUCAGGUUAUAAAGACCAAAGCUUGGCAGCUCUGACUUCCCAGCAGCCAGAGGAAAGUGACAUUUCAAACCGGAACCUCAGGACACGGAGCAAGCAGAAAACAGAUGUGUUGCCUCCACCAAGUGGUAAUUCAGAGUCGCCAGGCAGCAGCAGCAGCAGCAGCAGGCUGUCGAACUCUGUUCAUUUGCUAUUGAAAGAUGAGGACGUUCAUGACGCCAGCUCUGGAAAGAUGAGAAAGCCCGGACGAAAGGUGGCUGCUUCGAAAGGAAUUGGAAGUGAGAGAACCAAACAGAGGCGCAGGAAGAGCCUCUCAGAUUCUGCUCGAGGUAACAGAGAAAGAGAAUCUGCGGUUCAGGAAGCAGACGCUAAAAGGGAGCUGGUUCCACAGGAAUGUCAGCUCAACAGAACCCUCUACCCGGCCGAUGCCUGCGCAAACCAAGAGACUGUUGGCCAGGCUGGGGAAGAAAAGCCACCGAGUCCAGGAUCAGACCUUCAUUCCACCCAAGUAGCUUCUGACCUCACAAACAAAUUACAUUCAACUGAAGACGCAGGUGAUGGGAAGCGUGAGCAGACUUUUUUAGAAUUAGAGGAAAUCAGAUCAAAGGGAGACCAAGAGGAGGAGAUGCAUUUGCAUAUCGACGUUUUACAGAGUAGCUCUGAAAUGCCCAGCGGCUCACAAGCCAAGAAACACUUCACUUCUGAGACGUUUCGAGAAGACAGCAUCCCACGAACUCAAGUAGAAAAAAGGAAAACAAGCCUGUAUUUUUCCAGCAAGUACAACAAAGAAGCUCUUAGCCCUCCAAGACGAAAAGCCUUCAAGAAAUGGACUCCUCCUCGGUCACCUUUUAAUCUUGUUCAAGAAACACUUUUCCAUGAUCCAUGGAAGCUCCUCAUCGCAACCAUAUUUCUCAAUCGGACCUCAGGCAAGAUGGCCAUCCCUGUGCUUUGGGAGUUUCUAGAGAAGUACCCUUCAGCUGAGGUGGCCCGAACCGCUGACUGGAGGGAUGUGUCAGAGCUUCUUAAGCCUCUUGGUCUCUAUGAUCUCCGUGCAAAAACCAUCAUCAAGUUUUCAGAUGAAUAUCUGACAAAGCAAUGGAGGUAUCCGAUUGAGCUUCAUGGGAUUGGUAAAUAUGGCAACGACUCCUACCGGAUCUUUUGUGUCAAUGAGUGGAAGCAGGUGCACCCUGAAGACCACAAGUUAAAUAAAUACCAUGACUGGCUCUGGGAAAAUCAUGAAAAAUUAAGUCUGUCUUAAAGCUGCCUGUUUGAAGUUUUCUAUGCAUUGCUUUGUGCUUCUAUUUCCAAGAGCCCUGUGGGGUACAACAAGCUCUCUUCCCAGGCAUGUGGAUCUUCUUCAGUUUGUUAGAAGUCGGUGUGUGUCUUAAGCCUCUGCCACAAGUAGAUCUUUGUCACUGAGUGGUGGAGACAUAUUUUGACUUUGAAAAGGUAAUUGUUGGGUAACAAUCCUAAAAGUGUGUUCAGUUUUUCCAGUGAUGAACAAUGUGUUGGUGCUCACAGCCAGUUGUCAGCACUCCUGCUGAGGAAAGGCUAAACAUGUGUUCUCUUCCUGUACAAAGUGAUAUUGGGGUGUACGGUUGUCAUUUGAAGAAAGAACCUGCCAUUCUUAUGGAUAUCGGGCAUUUACCCAAGAAAUCACCAAAUAAAAACUAAAUUGAUCAACA